UCGGGCUAUUGCUUUUUAGCUACUUUUUCUGUAGGCACUUACAGAAAUCGCUUGAACUAAAAGAAUAAUUGUUUAAGCAAUUAAAAACAAGAACGCGACCAGUGAAAUAAGUACUAACUUUUCUUCUAGUUUGGUUUAAUUGAAGACACGCAACCAAUUUUACGGAGAAAUUAUCUGGAAUGUAACAAAAUCGAACAAUUCUUAAAACGAUAAGAGCGAACAUGCGUGUAAUUGGAUAAUUUUUGAUAAAAUUUUAUUAAGGUUGAUCAAGAAAAAUCAAUGUAAAUUGCACACGCUAGAGAUAGCAAAUCACAUUUGUUUUCUUUGGGAUAAUUCUGCAAGAAGAAUUUCUUUUGAUCGCGGUAUUUAAGCGCUGUAACAACAGGAAACAUUUAAACUAGUGACUAAGGAAAACAGAAAGCCGUAUGAAAAUAAACAUAUCGUUUAAAUUCCUCGUGGAGUUAGAACACAAAACUUAAGGUGUUCAGAAAAUGUUUCUGUAUUUGAAAACUAAAUGAACAUUUAUUGUUAUUUUAAGUGUUUCUGCAAGAAAAAUAUGGAAAUUAUUUAUUUUUAUAACAUUGAUUGCUAUUCGUUGUUCUACAUGUAAGUAAAACUAAACAGCAUGUACAUUACAGGAUGUUUGACAGAGAAUAAGUAUCCUAACCAUCAUGAUGUAACACGGAAUUUAAGGACAGUAACUAUGGAGAUAAAAUGACGCUGAUAAAAACACUAGUUCUAUUUGUUUGUCUCCCAAACGUUUGUUUUACAGUUCCAGGAUGUCCGUCGAAGGCGAUGAUCUUGAAAGCAGAGCAAGCACCGCAGUUUUUGUGGUCACCAAACCACCCGGGUUACUAUGGAGUUUAUAACUCACGACUUACAUGUUUAUGGUUGAUCACUGCCGGUAGUAUUUACGAUGACGUUGUUAUUCAAAUAAAAGUCCUGAAUUCUUCCAUAGAGCCUGCGACCGGUUGUUGGAGGGACGUUGUUAGCCUCUUCGAUGGUCCUCGGGAUUUUUACCGGCCAUUGAAGUCCUGGUGUGGUUACUCCUGGCCGAAAGAUACGAUAACAAGCAGCGGGGACAGAGUACUGGUCAAGUUCACGACAGACUUUAAGCUAAAUGACUACUAUGGCUUUAUGCUGGCUUACUGGGUGGCUAAGAAACCUGUGUUUAUUGUGAAUGCAGCAGAGUGGUCAGCAGCAAACUACAUUCUGAUGGUCAUUAGUGUGCUCUUACUGACAGGAGGCCCGGCUUGGGUGUUUGGUUUGUACAUCAAGAGGGAACUGUAUCCCAAAAUUCUUAAAUACCGCAAGGAAAACUGAUCAUUGGAUCAAUCAAAAAUAAAUUUUGUAUGUCAGUGUUUGUGUAGUGAAUGGUCAGGCAUAUAUAACUGUCAAUGUAUAUGUAAACAAUAUAUUAGGGAAGGCAAAAGAAAAGAAAAAAACAUUUAUGCAUUUCCCUUACAUCAUUGUUUUUAAAGCUGAGGCCAUCAUUCUAUAAACAACAUAUGCAUGCUGUACAUCAUAGUAACACUUUUUCAUUAUAAGAGAUUUGAGUUCGAAUGUUUGCCCUGUAUUUGUAUGAUGUUGUGUUUUAUGUUCAUAUCUAAUACUAUGCACAAUUGUAAAUAAAACUGAAUAUCUUAAAGAAAUGCUUCACAUAAUGUUGUCAAGCCAUAUAGAUCUAAAUAAAAGAAAAUGAUAGAAAAAAAACUUACUACUGCUUUCCUUCAAACCCUUCUAAACUAG